AAUUCCGCGAAGCCGUCCGCGGCCGCUGGGCUGGCCCUUGCUCUCCUCGGCCGCCGUAGUUGAAUGGUUUGAGGGGGAACGGUUUCCCGGCAACGAGAAAAAACAACCGGAACUUUCAGCUCCAGCUCAGAGAGAUUGAAGAGGUACAAUAGACAGUUCCUUCCAAGGAGAUGUCGAUUCCAUUCUCCAACACCCACUACCGAAUUCCACAAGGAUUUGGGAAUCUACUUGAAGGGCUCACACGCGAGAUUCUGAGGGAGCAACCCGACAAUAUACCAGCUUUUGCAGCAGCAUAUUUUGAGAAUCUUCUAGAGAAAAGAGAGAAAACCAACUUUGAUCCAGCAGAAUGGGGAACUAAGAUAGAAGACCGCUUCUAUAACAACCAUGCAUUCAAGGAGCAAGAACCACCUGAGAAAUGUGAGCCUGGAAAAGAAAAGUCUCAGACAUCUAUGGAGGAUACACCAGCCUUAAAGUCUCUUCUUCCCACGAAGGAAUCUUCAAAAGAUAAGAACAUGGAGGAGAAUGCUGCUCUUAAAAUCCAAGCAGCCUUCCGGGGACAUUUAGCCAGAGAGGAGGUAAGGAAAAUGAAAUCAAGUGAGCUUCAAGAAAACGAAACAGAAGAAAAUGAGUGAGAAGACUGGCUUUACCCUCCAGAAAACACAAAAAAAUCCGAAUCCAUCAACACUGUUCUGAUUGUCUUUUUUCUUAGUGAGAUUUGAUGUUGUGAAAUAACAUUUGUUGCUGUUGUGAAAAUCUGUCGCGAGCAUUUGUUUAAUAAACAUGCCAUUGAACACA